UUUAAAACACAAUGGUCGGCUUACGUGAUCAAUCUGGCCCUUUAAAGAUGCGAUAGAAUGCACGCAGAUAAUCACUGACGCGCGGCGUGGGCAUGACCGCACACCGAGGUAUUCUGGGCAACCUGGUUUUCUGUUGCUGAUGUGACACGUGGCUGAAGAAGGAUGGGCGGCGGAUCCAGUAUUUUCACGCAACAAGAGCUGAGCGAUUAUCAGGAACUGACGUAUUUUACAAAAAAAGAAAUUCACCACGUUUUUAGAAGAUUCGAGAGCUUGGCGGCAAACAAUGGUAAGGAAGUGACGAAACAAACAAAGCUAUCCCAUGAUGAUCUCUUCAGUCUACCGGAACUCAGUGUUAACCCGUUUCAAGACCGCAUCGUGAAAGUGUUUUCGUCGUCUGAUGAUACAAAAAUGUCUUUUGAGGACUUCCUGGAUAUGAUGUCAGUAUUCAGCGACAACGCCCCCCUGUCAAUCAAAACAGAGUACGCCUUCAGAAUUUAUGAUUUUGAUGAAGAUGACAUGAUUGGUCGUGGUGAUUUACACAAAGUAAUAGACAGACUGACAGGUGAUCAGAAACUUGGCGAGUCUGACAUGGAGCAACUAAUUGACUCUAUUAUGGAUGAAGCAGACCUGGACAAUGAUGACGCAUUGUCAUUUGCCGAGUUUGAGCACGUGGCCACUAAAAACCCUGAAUUUAUGACGAGUUUCAGAAUACGUUUGUAAACAUGGCUGUAUCAAAACAAGAGAAGGGGUGUUUACAUGUGGUGAAUUGAAAACUUGACUGUACCGUGAGGUUUAACCCAAAGGAUAAUGAAUUAUGUACAUUUUGAUGAUAUUGAUGUCGCCCACUUACCUGUCCAAAACACGUUAUACAGGUGAUCAUUCAAUAGAGGCAUAUUGUUUUAAGACACGUGUUACAAUCGUGCUACAAACAAAAAUAUUGAUGCGUGGCUAGUUAUAUAUUUCUUGUUAUUAUUACGAUUUUACAAACCAUAUGGAUUAUCUAUGUGAAAGAUAUGAAGAUAGUAGCAAGCGAAUUUGAUUAGGUUAUAUAACCUUUUAUAUAUAUAUAUAUAUAUAUAUAUAUAUAUAUAUAUAUAUGUUAUGUUAUACUUGCAUGCCCCAUUAUGUUAAAUAAGCUUUUUAUCUUUUUUCCCUGUGAUUAUAGCUUGUAAUUUGCUAAUUUCGCAAUGUGUUGAUAUGUCUGUGAUAAUAAAAAUCCAUUUGAUACAAA